UAUACGACUAUUCAAAACAAAUUCUUCAAUAUCACUUCACUCUGCAAAUGCUAAACCUAAAUGUCAACAGGUUCUUCAUAUCAUAUAUUCUUAAAUUCAGCUUUCCGAAGAUUCACAAAUUGAACACGGCGAUUCAGGGGAAAGAUUUCUGAGCAGUUACUCAAUAUUCAAUCCAGGAAUAUCUGAAUGGAAUCAGAAACUGCCAAAUCAUCUCUACCGCAGCCCGGGCAAGAUUCUAAUGUUGGAUCUUCACCCUCCAAUAUCAUGGAGAAAGAAAGCUCAGCACAGGGUCCAACUUCAGUUUCAUCUACAUCUGCCAUUUCCGCUUGGGCCAGAGGUCUUAAACUUACGCAAGCGCAACAGGAACCAAAGAAAACGAAUUCUGGGAAUUUCACUUUUGCACGCCUUGCUAGUGGGCUUGGACUGCAAAUUCCUUCAAAAUUGGAUGAAAAUGCGGACAAAGGUUCUGCGCCUGCACAAUCAGGUGUUAUAGGAUCUCUUACUAAAGGAAUAGUUGAUUCCUCUUUAAAUGCUGUGAAGGCUGUGCAAGUAAAAGCCAGACACAUUGUCUCACAAAAUAAGCGAAGAUACCAGGAAGGAGGAUUCGACUUAGAUAUGACAUAUAUAACCGAGAACAUAAUCGCUAUGGGGUUCCCUGCUGGUGACCUAAGCUCUGGUUUAUUUGGAUAUUUUGAGGGAUUUUAUCGGAAUCAUAUGGAGGAAGUGAUCAAGUUUUUUGAGACUCAUCACAAGGGAAAAUAUAAAGUAUAUAAUCUUUGUUCAGAGAGGUUGUAUGAUGCUUCACUAUUUGAGGGAAAGGUUGCAUGUUUCCCAUUUGACGAUCACAAUUGCCCCCCUAUCCAUCUCAUAAAAUUGUUCUGUCAAAGUGCUUACUCAUGGUUGAAGGAGGACAUUUUAAAUGUGGUAGUUGUUCACUGUAAAGCUGGGAAGGCAAGGACAGGAUUGAUGAUAUGCAGCCUUCUUCUGUUCUUAAAGUUCUUCCCAACUGCUGAGGACUGCAUUAGUUACUAUAACCAACAAAGAUGUGUCGAUGGGAAGGGUCUUAUUCUUCCAAGCCAGAUUAGGUACGUGAAAUAUUUUGAGCGGAUCUUGACGCAGUUUAAUGGUGAAGCUCCCCCUGGACGUAGGUGCAUGUUAAGAGGGUUUAGGCUUCACAAUUGUCCAUAUUGGGUCAGACCUUCUAUUACAAUAUCUAAUCAUAAUGGAGCAUUGUUUUCCACAAAGAAGCAUCCAAAAACCAAGGAUCUCAUGCCUGAAGAUUUCUGGAUCCGUGCACAAAAGAAGGGAAUUGUGGUUUUUGCCUUGCCAGGGGAACCCGGUCUUACUGAACUAGUGGGAGACUUCAAGGUUCAUUUUCAUGAUCACCAAGGAGAUUUCUACUGUUGGAUGAACACAUCAUUGAUGGAAAAUAGAGUGAUUCUAGCUGCUUCUACCCUUGAUGAUUUCGAUAAGAGAAAGUUGCCUUCACCAGGGUUUCACGUCGAAAUUGUUAUGGUAGAUUACGAUGGAACUGCCCCAUCGAAGACGAGAGCUGAUGACAGUACAAAGGGAGCAGAUGGAAAACAGCGGGAUGCUCCUUCAAGUAGUGAAAAUAAAGACCCUUCUUCUCAACAGAAUAAACAAAACAAUGAUGACGAUGUAUUUUCGGACAGUGAUGGAGAAGAACCUGCACCUUCAAGAAGCAGAUCGGUGGAUCAGCGCCCCAUCCCCGUUGCAGGAACUGCUCCACAGUCCGAACAGGCCAGCAAAUCUGAGCGUGUCUCAUCUGUAUCUCAUCAAAUGGAACGUCUUUCGGUGGGUAGGGAGUCAACGAGCUCUCAGACUCAGUCGAAAGAAGUAAAAGUUGAUGAGGUUGAGAGACCUCCUUCCACAAUCCCCAACAUGGGCUCCACAGACAUCAAGGCCAUUGCAGCAGAUGCUUCAGUUUUCAGUUUUGGAGAUGAUGAAGAUGAUGAAAGUGAAUGAAGAGACCAAGAUCAUAUGGAUAUUCUGGAUUAUGUGUUAUUCUUUUUAAGUUGGUCCCAAAAUUGGAUCUUGUUUAGAUUUAUCAUUCUGUUCUAUUUAAAAGAACUUUUUUACUUUCCAAAA